CCGGGAGCUCAGCUCACAGCAGCGGCGCCGGGGGCUGUCCCAGGCCAUCACACUGCAGGACAAGCUUUCUUCAGUUGUAGUUGUGCAAUGCACUAGGGCUGAGUGUGAGCGAGUCAGUCUCCAUCCUGCACACGGACUGUCCCGGGAUGGUCUGAUGACGAGCGUUGGAGGAGGAAGCAGUUCUGAUGGGACCAGUAUCAAGUUGAUUAAAAGUUAGAGACUAUUUGGGAAGAACCAGGGUGUGUGUGAGAGAGGACACCAGAGAGAGUCCCGGGCAGGAUUGCGGAUUGUUUACCAUCACAAGGUGCGGGUGGCUGAGCUGAGGGGCCCGGGGUCGGGCUGCCGAGCGGGACCCGCUGCCCAGGGCGUCUCUGCAGAUGGAUCUGUCCCGGCGCCGCCUGACUGUGUACCUCGCCACCCUGCUCCUGUGUGUGUGGGUUCGGCUGGGCGCCGGCCAACAUUACUUACACCUCCGCCCCUCGCCCAGCGACCACCUGCCGCUCCUCGAGCUGCUGGAGCCCCCGGACCCCGAUCUGGACCCCAAGGACAAGGACAUGGACGAGACGACGUUACGCAAGAAGUUAGCUGCCAACUUCGACCCCAAUUUCAUGGCGCUGCGGCUGCCGGAGGGCUGGGAGCCGGAGGCUGGUGCCCCGGAGCCCGGGCUCAGACACAGACCAGGUGGCUUUAUGCCCAACCACAUCAGGAGGGUGGACUUUGUGGUCGCGGCCGGGCGCAAGCAGCGGCUCAGCAAGAAGCUGCGGAGAAGACUGCAGCUGUGGCUGUGGUCCUACACCCACUGCCCUGUGCUCUACACCUGGAAGGACCUGGGCGACCGCUUCUGGCCGCGCUAUAUCCGGGAGGGGAGCUGCUACAGCGGCCGCUCCUGCUCCUUCCCGGAGGGGAUGAGCUGCAAGAAAGCCAAAGCCAGCACCAAGACGCUGCUGCGGUGGCAUUGCCCGCGGCGGGAGCUGCACAGACCGUGCGCCUGGAUCCCCGUCCAGUAUUCCAUCAUCUCCGAGUGCAAGUGCUCAUGCUGAGACCCGGCCCCGGAACCUGACCCCGGAGACUCUGGACUGUGACUGUCAUUGCCUCGCGGGCGCCUCCUGCCGCCCAGCUCUGGAGAAGCGCUGCAUAGCACCCAAACCGCCCGCGCUCUGGUUUGCGGAAAGCCGGGGAUUGCGGCUCGACACGGAGGGAGUUCCUGUAAAUACUGUACUUAGGACAUGUGAAUCGAUUCACCAUGUAAGAUAAACGUAUCUGCUAUUUAUUCUCUUAUUAAACCUGUAGCAAGUGAUGGUACAUAACGCACGUGAACCACUAGAGGUGUGAGGGUGGGUGUGUGGGCAGGUAUGGCUGCUCAGCAUAGCUUCCCUUUCAGUGGGACAUUGCGGUUUAACCUGGUUCACGUCUUCUACUGGCUCCAGCCACCCCCACCCAGCCCCAACCCCACAGCCUCAUCCAUCUCCAACCUCACUUCAGACCCAACUCUCUCAGCUCUAACCCCACAGCGUCAUGCACCCUCAGACCAACCACCCCACACAGCCGCACCCCCCCCUCCACACACCAGUCUCCCCACUCCCUGCACACAGCCUCACCUCAUCCCCACCAGCCUGAGCCCUCAGCCCUUGGAUCAAGACCCCAGCCUCCCCACUUUGUGCAGGCACCAAGUGCUCAUGGCACGGUUUAAGGCAACAUAUCUGUCUUAUGAUCCCGUCUAAUUUGUUCCAGAUUCUGUCCCAAUAACCUUGUUAUCAGCGAGAGAAUUGUGGAGUAAUUUAUUUCAAGGUGACUCGUUAGAAAGCAGGUGGAUGGUGUCCAAUAGUGGUGGCGCGCGGGGCUUCUCGGACUGAAUACCUGAAUAAUCAGCCGUAUUUACUGACGAGCUGGUCAAUCUCAAUAUUAAAGAUCUCAUCA